UUGUUCAAACACAUAGAGUAGUAGACCUUCUCUCUAUCUCGUAUGCAUUCACCAUACAGCUGUUAGAUUUAUAGAAUCUUCGUUUAAUUUUCAAAAACCUGUUCGCAGAUUCAACCCCUCGGUUCGAAAAUGGCGCAUUUGCGAUCGCUGAUCCUUCUCCUUUCAAUUUCACUCUGGUCUUUGCCUGCACUGAGCCAGUUUUGUGAGUCUGUAAAUGGAUAUUGCGAUUCAGAGAACAUGUUAGCAUCAUCAAAGAUACUGAUAAAGGGUGGCACAGUUGUAAAUGCUGAUCAUCAGGAGGUUGCUGAUGUUUAUGUGGAGGAUGGAAUUAUUGUUGCUGUUAGACCUAAUAUUAAGGUUCCUGAUGGUGUCAGAGUUCUUGAUGCUACAGGAAGGCUUGUUAUGCCAGGAGGAAUUGAUCCUCACACACACUUGGCCAUGGAGUUCAUGGGCACAGAGACAAUUGACAAUUUUUUCAGUGGUCAAGCAGCUGCUUUAGCUGGUGGGACCACAAUGCAUAUUGACUUUGUUAUCCCUGUUAAUGGAAGCUUAUCCAAAGGCUAUGAAGCCUAUGUUGAAAAAGCAAAGUUAUCUUGCAUGGAUUAUGGUUUUCACAUGGCCAUAACAAAAUGGGAUGAUAUUGUUCCUAAAGAAAUGGAAACUAUGGUUGAGAAAGGUAUAAACUCUUUUAAGUUUUUCAUGGCUUAUAAGGGUUCCCUUAUGAUCAGUGAUGAGCUUUUGUUAGAGGGUCUUAAAAAGUGUAAGUCUCUUGGAGCAUUAGCUAUGGUUCAUGCUGAAAAUGGAGAUGCUGUUUUUGAAGGACAAAAAAGAAUGAUUCAACUCGGUAUAACUGGUCCUGAAGGGCAUGCUUUAUCAAGGCCUCCAGUGCUUGAAGCAGAAGCUACAGCUCGAGCAAUUCGAUUGGCUGCUUUUGUGAAUGCACCAUUGUAUGUUGUUCAUGUUAUGAGCUCUGAUGCCAUGGAAGAAAUAGCAAGAGCUCAAAAAUCAGGGCAAAAUGUUAUUGGAGAGCCUGUGGUUUCUGGGCUAGUGCUUGAUGAUUCUGUUCUAUGGAAUCCUGAUUUUAUAACAGCAGCAAAGUUUGUCAUGAGUCCUCCAAUAAGAGCAGCAGGACAUGGGAAAGCACUUCAAGCAGCAUUAUCAACUGGAAUUCUAAAGCUUGUAGGAACAGAUCACUGCACUUUCAAUUCCAAACAAAAGUCUCUUGGGAUUGACGAUUUCCGCAAAAUACCAAAUGGUGUCAAUGGUAUUGAGGAAAGGAUGCAUCUUGUUUGGGACACAAUGGUGGAAUCUGGCCAAAUAUCUGCAACUGAUUAUGUCCGUGUAACAAGUACAGAAUGUGCGAAAUUAUUUAAUAUUUAUCCUAGAAAAGGGGCUAUUCGUGUUGGAUCAGAUGCAGAUAUAAUCAUUUUCAAUCCAAAUUCAACCUUUCACAUCAGCGCCCAUUCUCAUCAUUCUAGAUCUGACACAAAUGUCUAUGAAGGAAGAUCCGGAAAGGGGAAGGUGGAGGUAACAAUUUCUGGAGGAAGAAUUGUGUGGGAAAAUGAAGAACUGAAUGUUGUUCCUGGAUCUGGCAACUAUGUAUCAAUGCCUCCUUUCAAUUAUCUUUAUCAUGGCAUCGAUAAAGCAGAUCAAAAUUACUUGGCUUCACUUAAAGCUCCAGUAAAUCGCAUCAAACAAUCUUUAUAAAUUACAAAACUAUAUAUGCUCUUUGAUUAUUUAGGUCGAAUAUACUACUGUUUAUUUAAAAUAUAAAUUUGAAAUCUUUAAAAACUACACUACACUUUGUAAAUAUGGAUUCUGUAAAUAGCUUUAUGGAUGCUUGUAAGUAGGUGAAUAAAAAAUAUAUAUAAAUAAGGUCUUGUUGUGUGAA